CAGAUCAGCCCUCCGAUGACCCGAAUCCAUGUAACAAUAUGGUACAUACGCAUAUGAGUAUUUGCGCGGAAUAGCUGACCACGUUUGAGUCCCGUUCGAGCCGAGACGUUCUGCAGGUUGGUUUCUUGCGCGAACGGUGACGCGUUCUCGUGCAGGUGGUUCCGUCGACGAGGAGUAACUGUACUUGGAAACCGAUACUUUUUAUAAAAUGGCAACAGCAGCUGACGAAAAUACGGACUUGAGUCAGUACAAGCAUCGCCGCCAUGAAUUAUCGUAUUCAAAAUUAGACGAAUUUCGCAAAGGUGAUACAGUGUGGGACGUUACUUUAAAGUCACCCGACGGAAUAGAAAUACAUGCUCACAAAUGUGUGUUGGCAUCCCAGAGUGAAUAUUUUGAAAGUAUGUUCAUUCGGGGAUUCAAAGAGGCCACUCAAGAUGUUAUCCAAAUCAAUGAUAUUAGCAGUGAUGUUUUGAAAAAAGUAAUCGAUUUUAUGUACACGGGUGAAUUGGUUACGAUCGAAGAAGAUAACGUUGAAGAAAUGUUGAACGCAGCUGAUAUGUUACAAAUGGAAGAUAUUCGAAAUGAAUGCGUUAAAUACUAUAUGUGUAUGGUGCAUGACAUAAAUUGUUUGGAGUUCAAAGAAACAGCCGAUUUAAGAGCGAUGACUACAUUGUCUGAAAUUUGUUUAAAUUAUGCUCUACAACGCUUUCUCCAUAUAGCCGAACAUAAAUCUUUUUUGAAAGCCGACGUAACACACAUAAUACAAUUGAUAAAAAGCGAUGAUUUGCAUGUUACAAAGGAAGAACCAGUGUAUGAAGCUAUCAUAAAAUGGGUGAAAUACGACGCAGAAAAACGAAAACAUUUAUUGCCAGAUUUAUUGGCAAAUGUUAGGCUAGUAUUUACUUCGAAAGAUUUUCUGGUUGAAGAAGUUAUAUCACAUCCACUCAUUUCUUCUAACAAGGAAUGCUUGAAUAUCGUCAAUAAAGUAAUCGUCCAUUUUAAUUACAAAUACGGAGAUUCAUUGUCAAAGAUAAUUAAAAAUGUGAAACCUAGAAAGCAUACUACAAGGUUAACCAUGGAUGAGAUGAGGCGUCUACGACAUUAUAAUUGUUCGGACUCACCAGGACGUCCAGAAAGAGGACCAAUAGACCUUAGUGAUUAUUUCAAAGAUUUCGAUUUAAAUCAUCAUUUCCCACAAAUCGAAUGGAAUCAAUAUAUGAAUGAAGAUAAUUUUCACACACGAUUCAGCGAACCAUGGAGAGGUAUUAAUGAGGGCACUACUGAUGAUGAUGAAGAAAGUGUUGACUAGUAUGAACAUAAUUUUCUACUCAAUAAAUAAAAACAAAUGUUUGAUAUUAAAUUUAUUUAAAACUUUAACUGAACAAUUAUUAGGUACUGUUCAAUACAAUACAGUAUAUACAGUAUAAAAUGUGUGAAAAUAAAAAUUAUAAGCAUAGACCUUAUGUCCUUAUCUUAUCUGUCCAAGUAAAUGAUAUACUAUAUAUUUAUAAUAAAUAAUAUAAUUGCGCCGAACGGGACCGAUAUUGUAUCCUUUCUUACGUAGGUAAUACGUUUUAAUUCAUUAAUGGACAGUUUAGAUAUUACAGUAUUAAUACUUACCUACUAUAUAUACGCCAUAAUGUAUUACUUUUUUUAUAUUGUCAUCAAGCAUACAAUCAUUUUUGGACCUUGAUUGUUGGAUACAUCAAUCAUACAUGACUAUUCAUUAAUUAGUAAUUAAAAAUAACUUUAGAAAACAAAUUUAAAAUAAAAAAGAUUCUUUGAUAAAAAUCGUAUAGGUACAUAUCUGACCAAUGAAUAUUAUAGAUAUUAGAAAUACGAUUUACAUAAAAAUUCAAGGAACUAAAUGCUCAUCCGGCUUUUGUAUAUUUAAUAAUAUGUGCCAUAAAUAUUUUCCAAUAUUUUCAAUCGCACACAAUUAUAGUGGGGUACCUAUGUAGUGCUGUAUUUAAAAAUAAAAAAAAAAAUAAAAAAUUAUCUGUUACAAAGUUACCUAUGGAGUAUUGACUAUAUUGAAUAUAAUCAUUCAUUAUACUGUUUACAAAUUAAUAUUUUUAAGUUUAAUAUGUUUAUAUAAUAUAUAUGUUUACAUAUGUGUACGCAUAACAUUUACGAUUUUUACGAUUUAUACAUACAAAAAUAUAUAAUACAAUUAAUCAUUAAGUCUGAAACACAUAUUAUAUUAUUAUAUACUCAAAUACAUUUAUGUAUUAUGUUAUUAUUAUAUUUUAAAAUAUUUACUCAUUAUACAUAAUUUUCAUACUCAACCUUAAAAUACAUUCAAUUGGUUUUUUAAGGUUUAUAUUUAUCACUUAAGUAUUUAAGUAUCAUAAAAAAUAUUUUUUUUUUUUUGAAAAAUUGUACCUGCAUCGUAAAUAACGAAUAAGGAAAUACAAAAUAUAAUACCUUAGUCAUAUUGCAUUAUUUGUGUAAGCCCUAAGGUAACAAUUAUUAUUUAUAUGUAUAAGAGUGUCGCAUUUACUAUUAUUAAAGUACCUACACAAAUAUGACUGUA